UCCUUCACGCACUGCUGUUAAACGAAGAUGAGGUGUGACGGACGUAGCGAUCUCUGAAGGACGCGCCCGGCUCCAGAUUCACCUGCCCGGGAUGAAUUUGUGGAUUAUCCUGGGGACGUGGUGGCGCCGCGCAGGCUGAAGCACCGACGCUUUCCAAGAUUAAAUCAGCCGAGAUAGACACAAGGAACCCCCCCCCCCAAAAAAAAAGAAAAUGUGGCAGGUAUUGUGGAGAUGCUGCUGCUGCACACCUUCGUCAUUCCGCCUGUAGAAGAACCUCUGGGAUGUCUAUUUUGGAUGCGUUUUUGGUUUUAGUGCGCGCGCCGUGCGGCAGCCUUGCGCAGAGUUGGCUUCAUCCUCGUUUCAACAUCGCUCAUCGUCGCUAACGUGCAGAGGAGGGGCCGUGGGUGCAGCCACUCACAAUGCGUGCGCUUUGUUUUAAAUGUAAAAUAUAAGUGACAGGGGAUGAACUAAUUGGCUCCGUGGAUCAUUAGAGCUCCAGCGCCCGACAGGAGCUCCCAUCAUGGCCAGAUACUGAAGCGAGCCAGGGGCCGUUUGAAGUCACAUGUGCACAGGACGGACAAGUAAGAUGACAAGAGCCCUCCUCGCGGGAGAGUGUCUGUAUUACCGAGGAAGCUGCGUGGGGAUCACAUCCGAGUUCCUGGAUUGCAACAGAGUUGGAGGGACAGGGAGCUGAGGGAGAGGAGAGGGAGGAGAAGCAGAGGAGAGCUGCUGAGCUGCACCACGGAGAUGAUGGACAAGCUGUGGCUCCAGUGAUGGACUGAGCUGAAGGUGAUCACACACAAAGCUAAAACGAAGAAGGGAUCCCUUUGACACUUUCCUUCACACCUGACAUGGACACACAGCAGCUUUGGUGAGAGGAGCCGCCAACUUUGAACCCAACAAACUGGCCCAAUGGUUGAGAUGCAGCUCCAGGUGGACGACGCCGGCCUUGAUCUGGAAAGCGUUUCUCAGGUCUGCACAAACUGAUUCUACAAGUAAAACCUGGAGCCUCAGCCCCUUUCCCCAAGUGCCCUGGAAACCUACCCCCGGGAUUCAGUCUGCAACCACAGAUGUAACAAGUUGUCAAGUUUGCGUCACCAGGGAGUCCUGAGAUUUUGGCUGCAUGGACACAUCAAAGACGUGGCUGCAGCAUCAGAGUCAGUUUGGGUUGGUUGGUCAAGCGGAGGUUUGCUGUGGCGGACCUGGAGUGUUAACCCCAAACCAAUCUCGCAGGGCAAGUUUUGCCUCUGUAAGACAGUCAAGCAUGGAAACUCCUCCAAAUGCCACCCCACAGCCCUUCAGACAGCCGAGUUUUCUCAAUCGAAGGUUGAAGGGUUCCAUCAAAAGGGCCAAAAGCCAGCCCAAACUGGACCGGACCAGCAGCUUCCGACAGAUGAUUUUGCCCCGGUUUCGAAGUGCCGACCAGGAGAGGACUCGCUUGAUGCAGAGCUUCAAAGAAUCCCACUCCCAUGAAUCCCUGCUCUCGCCGAGCAGCGCUGCGGAGGCUUUGGACCUAGUUUUGGAUGAAGAGGCCAUAAUCAAACCUGUCCACUCGAGUAUUUUAGGACAGGAGUACUGCUUUGAGGUGACGACCAAUUCAGGGACAAAAUGUUUCGCCUGCCGCUCGGCUUCAGAGAGAGACAAGUGGAUUGAGAACCUCCAACGAGCCGUCAAACCAAACAAGGACAACAGCAGACGGGUGGACAAUGUGCUCAAGUUGUGGAUCAUCGAGGCCCGGGACCUCCCCACCAAGAAACGCUACUACUGCGAGCUGUGCCUGGACGACAUGCUGUAUGCGCGCACCACCAGCAAACCCCGCACGGACACCGUCUUCUGGGGCGAGCAUUUUGAGUUCAACAAUCUGCCUACCAUUCGUAGCCUUCGCUUGCACCUCUACAAGGAAACGGACAAAAAAAGACGCAAGGAAAAGAGCACAUACCUGGGCCUGGUCAGCAUCCCCAUCUCCAGCAUCACGGGCCGGCAGUUCGUGGAGCAGUGGUACCCGGUGAUACAGUCCAGCGUCCUGGCCAAGAGCGGCGGCGUCGGAAGUGGCAAAGUCAUCAAUGCCUCGCUGCGCGUCAAGUCUCGCUACCAGACGAUGAACAUCCUGCCAAUGGAGCUGUACAAGGAGUUCGCUGAGUACAUCACCAACAACUACCGAACACUGUGUGCCGUCCUGGAGCCGCUGCUGAGCGUGAAAAGCAAAGAGGAGGUGGCGUUUGCUCUGGUGCACAUCCUUCAGAGCACAGGGAAGACAAAGGAGUUCCUGUCCGACAUGGCGAUGUGCGAGGUGGAUCGCUUCAUGGACCGCGAGCACUUGAUCUUCCGGGAGAACACGCUGGCCACCAAGGCUGUGGAAGAGUACCUCAAGCUGAUAGGUCACAGAUACCUCAAGGACGCUAUAGGUGACUUCAUUCGAGCCUUAUACGAGUCGGAGGAGAACUGUGAGGUGGACCCCAUGCGCGUCCCGCCCUCGGUGCUCGCCGACCACCAGGCCAACCUGCGCAUGUGCUGCGAGCUGCUACUCUGCAAGAUCAUCAACUCUCUCUGCAUAUUCCCCCGCGAGCUGAAGGAAGUCUUCGCCUCGUGGAGAGCCAGAUGUGCUGAGCGCGGGAGAGAGGACCUCGCCGACAGCCUCAUCAGCUCCUCCCUGUUCCUGCGCUUCAUGUGCCCGGCCAUCAUGUCGCCCUCCCUGUUCAGCCUGAUGCAGGAGUACCCCGCCGAGCGCACCUCCCGCACGCUCACACUCAUCGCCAAGGUGAUGCAGAACCUGGCCAGCUUCAACAAAUUUGGCCCCAAGGAGGAGUACAUGUAUUUCAUGAACGAGUUCCUGGAGAUGGAGUGGGGCUCCAUGCAGCAGUUUCUCUACGAGAUUUCCAACAUGGAGACGGGAGGAAACGCCGGCGGGUUCGAGGGCUACAUCGACCUCGGCAGAGAACUUUCCAUGCUCCACAGCUUACUGUGGGAAGUCAUGGGCCAGCUCAGCAAGGACGCCAUUCUCAAACUGGGACCUCUACCACGGCUGCUGAACGACAUCAGUGUGGCCCUGAGGAACCCGCAGCUGCACAUGCCCGCAAAUCACCAGCCCGACCGGCCGAAGGACCGACUGUUCUCACGGCCGUCUUUCAAUCGUCUCAUGUCCUCCGACUUCCAAAGCCUGAUGAUGCGGGACUUAAACAGCUCAAUAGACGUCUCUCGCCUGCCGUCCCCCACGACGGGAGUGUCAGCCGUCGAAUCCCUCUCCUCCAAUCUGAACAUGAGGCGCCACGCAGAGCGAGACCUCCGCUCGUCCAGGGAGGUUUUCUACGUGACCCGUCCACCGCUGGCUCGAUCCAGCCCUGCGUACUGCACGAGCAGCUCGGACAUUACUGAGCCCGAUCCGAAGGUCCACAGUGUGAAUAAAAGUGUCUCUAUGAUGGACCUUCAGGACUCCCGCAUGAACAGCAUUUCCAACCUGAACUCGGUGGGAGACAUGCUCACCUCCUCUCAAGCCUCCAUCGCCGGGCUCGGCCACAGCUUUGGGAACCUCGGCGGUCCUCUUCGUAUGGGAGGACAUAUGGCGGCGGGCUCGUCGGGCUCCGGUUUGAGGCUGAGCCAGAUGGGCCACAUCGGGGGGCCCACAGAAUCCAUCUCUCAACAGCAACAGCAGGCAGCAGCGGCCAUGCACUUCCCACUAUCCUUCCAGAACCCGCUAUUCCAUCUGGCCGCCCAGAAUUCUCCAGCUCAGUCUCAGCAACAUCCCCCCCCUCUCCUGCUCGCCCCAGAGCCGGAGAAUGGCCACCAUGAUUACACACCCGCCUUUGGCAACAGCGCUUUCUCCCGCAGCGAGGACUUGUCCGGCCUGCGGUCACAGAGCAGCCUGGUGCAGCCCAGCAUCGUCCACUCGCACAGCUACAGUGAUGAUUUCACCCGACAGAAUCAGAAUAAUGACUUCGCCUGGCACCAGCUGUCGCUGCAGGUGCAGGAAUCUCUCCAGCAGCAGCACCUGAUGGGAGUCGCAUCACAAACUCCCACUGGGACGGGCACCCCCGCUUCUCUGGCUACACCUCCCACCACAGUCCAUCCUGUCCGCCAGUCAUCCAUCGCCCCACAACACCUCAAGUCCCAGCGGUCCAUUAACAAUCCGGCCACCGCCACGCCUCCGAAGGUUCGCCCACAGAGCAGGAACCUCCUCCUCAACUCCUCUGAAGCAAGCUUCAGCGGCAGUCAGCCGAAACAACGGCAAUCGCAGCAGCAGCAGCAGCUGCAGCAGCAGCUGCAACAGCAACUGCAACUGCAGCAGCAGCAGCAUCAUCAGCAGCAGCAGCAUCAUCAGCAACAGCAGCAGCUUCAGCUUCAGCAGCAGCAGCAGCUUCAGCAGCAGCAGCAGCAGCUUCAGCAGCAGCAGCAGCAGCAGCAGCAGCAACAGCAGCAGCAGCAGCAGCAACACACUCAGCAGCAACAACAGGACACACAGCUGUCGGUGACUGACAGUCCGGCUCCCGGGCUUCCGUACCAGACGAGCGCUGCCAAAGAGAACCAGGGCCCGUCAGCAGCUGCAGAGGAGUCUACUGACACGCCCACGAAAAGCACCAAGAAGCCUCAACAGCUGCAGCCACCACAACAGCAUCUGCUCAAACCAGUGAAUAAACAGGGUUCUCAGUCGAACUUGAACGAGCGGACUGUGGCCUGGGUUUCCAACAUGCCACAUCUGUCUGCUGACAUCGAGAGCCUGCGGCCGGACCGAGAGGGGCAGCUGAAGGAGUACUCCAAGAGCAUGGAUGAGUCACGAUUAGAGAGGGUCAGAGAGUACGAAGAAGAGAUCCACUCCCUGAAAGAACGGCUGAAGAUGUCCCAUCGCAAGCUGGAGGAGUACGAGCACCGGCUCCAGUCGCAGGAGCAGACGACCAGCAAGAUCCUGAUGCAGUAUCAGAACCGGCUGGACGACAGCGAGCGCCGCCUCAAGCAGCAGCAAGUGGAGAAGGACUCUCAGAUCACAGGCAUCAUCCACAGACUCAUGGCUGUGGAAGAUGAGCUGAGAGGGGGUGCCAUUCCUGAUAUUAAGCCUCGAAUCCUCACAGACCAGUCUAUCAACCACGGCUAUGGUGGACAUCCAGGAUCCUGACUGCCAAUUCCAGAGUGACCAGAGUUCUUGAUGGUCAUUUGAGCGAGAGAAGACUCAGAUUCAGAUCCUCCACAAAGAAAUAGAAAACAAACACGAAGAAGAAGAAGAAGCUCUGCAGUGGAUCCAGCAGGACGACUGGAGGCUUCAUCUCCUGACCUUCCUAAAAACAAAACGAAACAAAAAACUUUGCACAUAUUCAAACUUUGCCUGUACCAGAACUUGACAAUCAGUUUAGCGUGAGGACCGACGCGUGCGGGGAAUCUUCUGCACACGUCGACUGAAAUAUAAGCCAACGCCACAAUUACGGCAAUACUGAACCGAUUGAAUUUAUUGAUUUGAUCGGGAGAGGUGAGACUAGAUAUGGUGAGGAGGAAAAUGGAGUUAUGAUUUGUUUUUCCCUGUUACAAGUGCCACGCUCGCUUUUCACCUCAGUGGCUGCUGACAAAAUGUAGAAAUGGCUUUAACAAGCACAAGAUCUCCUCCUGGUGACGAGGAACCAGCCUGUUGUUAUAUCAGAGCCUGAGCAGAGACCUGCUGUACAUUAUUACUAUUUAACUCUGCUAAAAAAUCUUUCGUAACAUAUUCUCACCGCAAAGAUGUUUGCACUCAGAGAGGUGGUUGUCAUUAAUGAUUUUUGCAUCGUUUUGCAUUAUUUAUAUUCCAGCUACCCUACGUGAAUAGACACCAAACAACUCCUACAAUCAACGUAUAUUAUCAAUGCUUAAAAUACAAUCUCAAAUUUCUGUUCAUUAAAGUAUUUCUUAAAGCUACACAUUUUUUUAUAUAGAAAAGUCCGGUUUUACAAAAGAAAUUGGAAGUCAAAAUGCGUUGUUCACUUUGUAAUAAUAAUAAUAGUGAUGAAAACAAUAAUAAUCAAUAUAUACAACAUUUCAAACAGUGGAACUCGACAGUGAAUGUCAUUCAUUUCUAAAUCCUUUUUCGAGGGAACAAAGAAGUUACGACAUUAACGUCCUGUCGCAGCUGCAGCUGAAUCUCUUUGGGUUUGAGUUUGAGGGUCUCGGAAUUGGUGUUUACAGUUUUCUGAUAUUUAAUUGGCUAGACACGCAAAUGAGUGAAUUACUUGAGAGAUAAAAAUAAUCGGUUUGUUUCUGGUUGAAUCUGAGACACAGUGUUGAUCAGGGCUAGGGUCACUUUCUGGGACCAUUCUAAAC